AUGAAGGGAAAGUUUUGUUGUUCUGUUUUUCUAUUACUGGUCCUCACGACUCUGUAUAUAUUAACCAGGAAUGAAAUGAACUUAUGGCAACCCACACGAACUGUCAGAACUGAAGGUAAGAAUUGUGAUAUCGGACAGUAUGACAUUGCUGAAUACCACUGAAAGAAAUAACUAACGCAAAUAUUAUAAGAAACUAAAAUUCUACUCAAUAUUCAAAAAUGACUGUCACAAAAGUGAUUGCUUGAACAUAGUCACCAAUGUAACUCACAAAAACACUGAAUAAAUUCAGACUUGGCAACCAUCGCUUACAAAUUGAAACGGGCAGACAUACAGUAUUUGCCCGCUCUGCCAUUUAAAUGAAGUUGAACACGAAUUACACUUUCUAUUUAAUUGUAAUCUUUAUGAUAGUCUUUGAUCUCACUUUUACAGAAACAUUAGUAAUAGAUACCCCUUUUUUAGUAAUUUUUGUACAACAACGAAAAAACCCUCUUUGUCGAUCCUCAUAUCUUCAGACUUAUAGCUGCUUACAUACAUUCACGUAUGGAAUAUAGACAAAAACUUGUUCUUUAAUUAUAGCCUUUAUUUUGAUUUAAGAUUUAUAACAUAAAUAAUGUAGGUAAUGCUACGUACUCACGUGGGAAUACUGAAACAAAGUUGUUGUUUAAUCAAGAGACUCUUGAAGAGCCGAAGUUAAGCUGUUCAUAGCGACGAUUUGGAUUAUGACUGUUUUAUUUACCAGUAAAAAACGAUCAUUUGGUCUUUCAAGGCUGUUUAAUAGGAAAACAAAAUCACAUAAAAGACGUGAAGGUAUUGACUGUGUCACGGUGUCGCCCCUGAUCAAACUCGCCUACUGGUGUUAUUAUUUAUUACUAGCAAGGCAUCCAAAGCUCACGUUACGAGUGUGUUAGUAACAUAACUUCCGGCGGUUGUGUGCCGCCCCCGGGGGGUAUUCCUGUGAAUUCUUGGUGGUCGCCCCGUUCUCCAAAUCCUGACCCACAAAUGUCAUUUUUCACUCCCGUUUUCAGACCUGGACUCUCUGUUUCAGAAACAAAUAUCAGUGAUCAAAACUUUCCUGUCUUGGAAUGGUUUUCCUAGAUCUGUUGCGUCUAACCUCAUUAAAAGUUUCAGGUGUAGCGGCUCUGAGCCAAGAUCAUUCAACAAUGAUACUAGCAAGAUAAUUUGGCUUCGACUGCCUUAUGCAGGCCACAUCGCACAGUCAAUCGUAAACAGACUAGUGCGGAAAUUAAAGCGUUGUUUGAAGGAACCUGUUUGUUGUAAAAUUUUCCACCAAACUAACAAACUUUCAUCAUUUUGCUCGAACAAAGAUCCAAACCCUAUGUAUUUGAUUUACAAACUACGUCCCGCUUUUAAUGCUGAAUACAUAGGCAAGACUGACGGCGUCAAGAUGACACCGAAAUGUCGUUCGUUGUUAUCCGCGUUAUUUUUUACUUGUCUGUGUAUAACUAAACCUUUGCUUAUUUUAAAAAACCCAUUCAAGGGGAAAAAAAAGAAUUUGAUACCAACUCACAAAACCUCAUUAAAUUUGCUUUCCGAAUAUUCUAAGGGAUAGCUUACCAGCUAAGAGAUAGUUUGCUUCUGGUGUAACUGGGCUUUUACGUACUUGAGUUUGAGCUGCUUCUAUUUAGUUACCUUACAUCCACAUGAACCAUUAGUGCGGCUCUAAGACUGCUAGCUGUCCAUUGUAGGACACUGUCAAUAAUGCCAAGACGAACAUGAAGAAGGAACAGGAGGCCAGAUCCUACUGAAAAACGUUACUUUGUGCUCAUAGGUUCUAAAGAAACAUUAUUCUCUGAAAAGGACAAUCGCGAGAAUACCAUACAUGACGUUUAUGACGGGGUUCAGGCUUUGCUGAUGUUUAUUGGUUAUCCUAGAAGUGGUCAUACACUCGUCAGCUCGCUAUUAGAUGCUCAUCCUCACGUGAUCAUUGCUAAUGAGUUUGAUAUUAUUGGUAAAUGGAAAGAGUGGGAUAUUGCUAACAGAAACAAGUAUUUCCUGUUUGACCAGUUGUACCAAAACUCCAAACAGGAAUCUGAAAUUGGUUACAGAUCAGCUGCAGUCAAACAUCGCUACAGUUAUCAUGUACCAAGACAAUGGCAAGGAACGUACAGUAAAAAGAUUCUGGUUAGUAUCGAACAUAUAAUAAUUGCAGUUGUCAGAACUAUUUGGUCAAUUCUUAAAAGUUUAAAACGGCUAAAGUCUUGUGGAUUUUGAUAAGCCCUUUGCCUUAUUGAAGCAUGGUAAUUAUAGUUUAGGCUUUCCGACGAUAUUAGAGUUAAAAGAUCCACAAAACUAUCAAUUGUUCUUUGUUGAUGCGAUGGAAACAGCAUUCCCAGUCAUUUUCACAGCCGCCUAUAGCAGCCUACAGCCGUUGGGGCCUAGGCACUAUGAACACCUCGUACUGGUGCUCAGACUACUACGGUCAAGACAAGACCUACCUAGGACUGGAGAGAUAACAAACCGAUCCAAUUGGCUACCAGCUUCUUUGCUCUUUCUUAACAGGUGAUGGGAGCCAAAAAAGGAGGUAAGACGACCAGACAGCUCUUUCAAAAGGAGAACGUGAACGCUGUGUUACAGAUAGGAAAAGCGCUCAAGAUCCCUAUUAAAUAUAUUCAUGUCAUCCGUAACCCUUACGACAAUAUUGCCACAAUGUUACUCAGGAAAUUGAACAAGAGACCAGAAGCUGAGCAAGGAGAGAAGGUCAGUAAUACUCUAUUGGUCAUAACACUGUUAGGUACGGCGCAUACCGGCAUACCCUGCUAGUAGAAUUUAAUUCACCGGACCAGUUAAAUUCGGAAGCGAAAAGCUAAAGAGGGGUGCUAAAUUUUACUCUUUGUAAUUAAAUGAUAAUGAUUUUUUAUUCAUAUUGCCACGAGUGUCGGACAAAAAAUCUGAUACCUUGACAAUCUGGUUCCCCAGGACUCACCGACGUAAAGAAGAGACACCCUACAAAUGGGGUUGAAUCUUUGACAGGAUUUAAACUCAUGACCUAUUUGAUACUGCGGGCGUGCAUUUGCUUGUAUCCUAGUUAGGUGGAUUCCUCGCACUGUGGAGUAAUUUUUACUUCCGUACACGCGUAAAUAAAAUAGAGGCAAGAAUCUAGAGGCAAUGUAUGGAAGAUCGCGCGUAAACGUAAAAGUUGAUUCUCGCUCAACUUUGCAUUUACGCUUGGCCUUUCAAACAUCGCCUCUUUUUNCAAAUUGGGAAUUAUUUUACUUUAGCGAGGCUAAACAGUAAGCUCAAGACCCGCUUUGAAGGUGCAGUUCACGGGAUACACAGCUUGCAGCUGAUUAAAGAACCACAAAGAACUUUGCUUGGUGUUUGUCAGUUUUUAAAGCUUAAUUGUGAUCAGCAGUAUAUUGAAGAUUGUUCCAGCAUCAUAUAUAAAGAGCCUACAAAAACUCGCCACAGUGUGGUGUGGACAGACAAACAAAAGGAGUUAGUCAUGGAAACGCUGAAGAAUUUUCCGUCUUUAAAAGAUUAUAAUUUUGACAAUUAG